AUGAGCUCUGACGAGAAGAUCGAUGUCGAAAAGGCCCCAAACUUGGGUGGUGGCCAAUCCGAGGUGCUAGUCGGAGAGGUCAAGGAUAUCAAAAACGCUGAUGCUGCCCUCGAAUUCCUGCGAAACGGCGGAGAUGUUACCCCCAUAUCGGCCGAGGAUGAGCGCAUCCUAAAGCGCAAGAUUGAUUGGAGAAUCGUUCCUCUCAUGUUUUCAUGUUAUAUCCUCCAAUAUCUUGACAAGACUUUGAUCAACUAUGCGAACGUCAUGGGUUUACAGAACGACACGAGCAUCACUGGCAACCAGUACUCGCAACUGGCCAUGAUAUUCUACUGGUAUAAACGUCAAGAGCAACCCCCUCGGAUGGGUAUCUGGUAUCUAGGCACUGGUGGAGGUACCAUUGUUGGCUCCCUCAUUUCUUUCGGCUUCCAGCACUACCACAGCUCCGGUUUCACUUCAUGGCAGAUCAUGUUCCUCAUCUGCGGCUUGAUUACCAUCGCCAUCGGCAUUACAGUCAUCCUCGUUCUGCCGGACAAUCCAAUGAGCGCAAGCUUCCUCUCCCGUGAAGAAAAGAUUUGGGCUGUCGAAAGGUUGAGAAGCAAUCAGACUGGUGUUGAAAACAAGAGCUUCAAGCGCGAGCAGGCAAUCGAAUGCUUCACAGACCCGCAGACAUACCUCAUUGCCCUCAUCACCAUCGCUUCAAAUGUGCCCAACGGGGCUGUAUCCUCGUUCCAAGCCACCAUCAUCAAGGGCUUCGGCUACACAUCCAAAGAGACUGCGCUGCUCUCCAUUCCAGCUGGCGCAGUGAGCAUUGUCUCCAUCUUGGCGGCAACCAAUGUGGCAGGGCGAUUUAACCAGAGAGCAAUCAACAUCAUUUGCCUUCUGAUUCCCGGGGUUAUUGGCGCUGCCCUGAUGGCUUUCCUCCCCGAGGACAACAAAGCUGGCAAGCUGAUCGGCAACUAUAUGACGAACUGUAUUGGAGCAACGUUGCCCCUGCUAUAUUCUCUGGUUGGCGCUAACUACGCUGGGCAUACCAAAAAAGUCACCAUGAAUGCAACUCUCCUCAUCUGCUUUUGUGUCGGUAACAUCAUUGGACCUUUAACAUUCACAGCAGAAUCUGCGCCCGGAUACCUUCCCGCCAAGACAGCAAUCAUUGUUACCUGCGGAUUGGCGAUGGUGUUUACGCUAAUGCUGAGGUACUAUUAUGUUUGGGAAAACCAGCGGCGGGAAGGACUUGUACAAACUGGGGAGCUCGGCCACUUGAAGGACAUCGAAUUCAGCGAUGUGACUGACCGUAAGAACAAAGAAUUCAGAUACACCCUUUGA